UGAAAGCGGAAAGAAAAAGUGAGCUCAGCUCCAUCGCCGGAUGUUAGAAGUGUGACACCCAGCGGAAGUAGACAAAAAACUGCCACUAACGUUGUUAUUGUCGAGUCGUGGGCGAAUUUCUCACCUAUACUGUAGCAAAAAAAUGCCGUCAGUUCAGUAUCUGAGGCGGUUUUUCAACGAGCGACUAGCUGCUGCUGCUGAAGAAAUAUUUAAUGUCGUAGAAAAAACUAUCGUCGAGUAUGAAGAAGAAAUCAGCCGUCAGCGCAGACUGCUGACUGUCAUGUGGAAACCUCAAGUAAAGUUACACAGGACAGAGCUUCCACAGAAAUACUUCUGUAAGCCGGAGGAGGUUGUCACUGAUGAGCAACCUGUUAGCCAAGAGAGAAACUCACGUCUGGACCAUCAGGACCCAGAGCCUCCACAGAUUAAAGAGGAGCAGGAGAACCUGUGCAUCAGUCGGGACGAAGAGGAGCUCAUACUGAAACAGGAACCUGAUAUCUGUAUGCAGACUCUUACUAAUGGGAAAGGUGACCACAGUGAAAAUGAAACUCUGUUCUUGAAUCUUAAUGAAUCUCAGAUGGCAACGGAGGAGAAAUCCUUACUGGCCACCUUAGGUGAUAACUCUGAGAUAUCCGAACUGAACACAAACCACCAGCUCCUCUCUCACAACUCUCCUUUCGCUGGAAGCCAAGAUCGAGGAGAAGGAAAGCAUGGAGACUCGGUGUCAAUAGGAAAUGGAGAGACAAAACCACAGACAAGACACUUCAAAACCAAUAAUGUGCAUAAUCCUGCUAUGUUCAAAAAUGACUGCAGUCCUCUCAAAGGUGAAAAGUCAUUCAAAUGCGACACUUGUGGGAAGGCAUUUCCAUUUAAUUCCAAGUUGAUCAGACAUCUCAGAAUCCACACUGGUGAGAAACCGUAUUCGUGCAACGUUUGUGGCAAAAGAUUCAAUCAGCAAUCAAUACUGAAGGUUCAUAAACGGAUCCACACAGGUGAGAGGCCACAUAUUUGUAACAUCUGUGGUAAAAGUUUCAAUCAGUCAUCGACAUUAAAAGCUCAUAAAAUAAUCCACACAGGUGAGAAGCCGUAUUGUUGUGACACGUGUGGCAAAAGAUUCACUCAGAAAUCAAUACUGGAUUAUCAUUUCAGAAGCCACAGAGGUAAAACUGAUGCUUUUAUGGUGACUCUUAGGUAUGAAAAAGGUGACCAGAAUGAAGAUCCAACUCUGUACUUGAAUCCUGAAGGAUCUCAGAUGGCAGUAGAGGAGGACUCCUUGGACCACAUAUCGGAGAUACCAGAACUGCACCCCGACUACCAGAGCCUUGAGCACAGAGGAGGAAUGCUUGGAGGCUCAAUAUCAACUGGAAAUGGAGAGAUGAAGCCACAGAAGAGACACUACAAAAGCAAUAAUGUACUUAAUCCCACCAUGUUAAAGAUUUACUAUAAUACUCACGCAUAUAAAAAUUCUUUCAAAUGUGAAACUUGUGGAAAAACUUUUCCAUUCCAGUCCAAACUGAACAGACACCUGCGAGUCCACACGGGUGAGAAGCCGUAUUCUUGUAACAUCUGCGGCAAAAGAUUCAGUCAGACAGCCAUCCUGAAAGUCCACAAAAGAAUCCACACGGGCGAGAGGCCACAUUCUUGUAACAUUUGUGGUAAAAGCUUUAAUCGGACAUCAAUACUGAACGUUCAUAAAAGAAUCCAUACGGGCGAGAGGCCAUUUUCUUGUCAUAUCUGUGGAAAACAAUUCAGUCAGAAGUCAACACUGGAUGUUCAUGUCAGAACGCACACAGGCGAGAAACCAUAUUCCUGCAAAACAUGUGGAAAACAUCUCAGAAGUAAUUCUAGCUUGUUGGUCCACAUGAAAACACACACAGAUGAGGAGCCGUAUUCUUGUGAGACGUGGGAGGGAUUUCAGAUGUAACGGUUUCUUAAAAGUCUGCAUGAGCACUGCAGUGGAAAAUCUGCUCUUAUGAUGUUUAAAAAAAAAAAAAAAACAUCAUACAAAUCUGUGACAGGUUCUGUUCCAUAAGGGAGAAGGGCAGUUUUGUCCAGUAGUGGUGCAGAUAACUGAAAAAUCAUUCCAAAAAAAAAGUUGGCCAUUUACAAGAUGGCAAACAUUGGAGUCAUAAUUUUGGAUUUUUUUUUUUUUAAUAUUUUUGAAUUUGGUUAUUGAAUUUGUAUAAUAUUAACAUUGUUUUGUACAUUUUUGGCACCUUAGAAUUCAUUUCUAAUAACAGAAUGCAUCUACAAACCUUCAAAAAUAAGUAAAAUCACCUUAAUUCAAAGUGCAAAUGUCUUUGAAUGAAUUGAAUUUUGAAUUAGUGAGAGUUAUUUAAACCUUAUUAGUAUUUAGAACUUUUUAGAACUCUACUUUUGAAUUUGAAUUAAGAUUUUACUGUAGUUGGAAAAGAACAUUUUAAGUAAGGAUUAGUUCCAGGAGUCCAUCUAAGUGACUUCUGAGACAAAAAUGCUUCCUCUACUACUACACCCUCACACUCCAUGCAUAUUACAUCAUUGGAUUGAUAUGCACUACACCCUUCAUUUCUCAUACAUGUUUUAAAGGACCGCACACAACUAGUGUAAGAAGUACAAAUAGAAGACUGGUCUACUUUUUCAUUUGCAACUGUAGUGGAACUAUAGUAAUGCAGCAGCUGCUAUUCAAAUGACCUGCAUAUGUUAUGUGAUCAGUGUCGCCACUGUGCCGAUAUAACCUUGCUCAGAUUAAAACUCCUUCCUCAUAAGGGCAUUAGUUCUCAAGUUUUGAGCCAGCUCAUUGAACAUACAAAUUUUGAAAGCAGUCCUUAACCUGAAAUAUAUUUUGUUUCUCUAAAAAUAAGUAAAAAUGUGAUUACUAUAUUAUCAAUUGAUAAUAUAUGUAAGAGUCACGUGGUCUUGUACUGAACGUGUAGCAAACAAUUCUCUUGCAGUGUGUCCUGGCUAAAACACACAAUAACAUUCUUAUCUCAAUUACUUGUUGAAACCUAUAAAUAAUGAUAAUUCCCCCACUAAAGAAACACUGUUUUGCAGAAUCUACAUCUAUGCAAUUGCAUGACUAAAAUUUCCCAUUGAGAUGAGGUCACAAUAUGAAUGCAAUUUUGCUUUUGUAAUCUCCCAAAUCUUGGAAACGUGCUCGUUUCACACCGAGUACGUUGUACUUACAGACUGACUAAUGGACAUCUUAAUGGAAUUGUUAAUUGUACAGAUUAUUUUUCUUUUUUUUUUUUGCACUACCUCAGUCAUUAACGGUUUGUGAACUCUCUGAUCUUAAAGCGUUUGUUGUCUGCAGUUUUUAUACACACUACCGUUCAAAAGUUUGGGGUCACCCAGACAAUUUCAUGUUUUCCAUGAAAACUCACUUUUAUUCAUGUGGUAACAUAAUUGCACAAGGGUUUUCUAAUCAUCAAUGAGCCUUUCAACACCAUUAGCUAACACAAUGUAUAGAAUAGUCAUUUACCACAGUAACAAUGUCUUGGCUGUAUUUCUGACUAUUUUAAUGUUAUCUUAAUUGAAAAAAGCUGCUUUUCUUUCAAAAAUAAGGACAUUUCUAAGUGACCCUCAAACUUUUGAACAGUAGUGUAUACAUUUUUAAUAUUCACAAAUUCAGUGGUUUAAUAACUUGGUUAACUACAAGCACUUUCUACCCAAGUCUUAGGAGUACAUAUCUUGACAGGUGUUGGAGAAUGAAAAUAAGUGCUGUUAUUUUCAUUUCAAAGUUGAAUUUAUUUCAAAUUUGCAAAAUUGUUUUUAAGUAUUUGACAUUUAAACUGUUGGUUCCUUUUUAAGCAAAAAGACAUAUUUUUCAUGUGGAUGUCAGUUACUGCAUACUGGCUGUUAAGUUGUAUUUACUGCAGUUCCUAAGUUUUUUUUUUUUGUUUUUUUUUUUUUUUUUGUGUAAGUCACAUAGCCAGAGUAUGAUGAGUUUCUCUAGAAAGCAGUGACACGUGGUGAAGGUUUCUUGCAGAUGUGGGGCUGCAUUUUUGCAAUUGGAAUUUGGGAAUUAGUCACUAUUGGUGGUGUCCUCAAGUAAUUCUAUGAGGGAAGCAUUUGAUUGGUCCCAAAUUCAAUCUGCCACAUAACAAUGUUGCCAAACAUACAGCUUGAAUUGUGCAACAGUUGAUGACUUUUUGGUCCAGAUUCAAACCAGAGUUCAGAUACAGACCAGUACCAAACUGAAGAAAAAAAUACAAAAGCGUAAGUGUCUUUGUAAAGUGUUAGGCCACCACGUGCUGCUGAAGAUGUAUUACCAUAUACAUGUUUAUGUUAUAAAGAUAUAUACAUGUAAACCUUUACUUUCCCUCUUCACUCUUGUUUUUAAUCUUUACUAUCGUUCUUCACCCCCUUAAUUUUGUAACUUUACUUUUCCUCUUCACCCUUUUUUAUUUUCUGAUCUUUACUUCCUAUCUUCACCCCUUUUUAUUGAUGUUUACUAUCCUCUUCAACCUCUCCAGUUUUGUUAUCUUUAUUUUUCUUCUUCACUCUUUUUAUUUUACGAUCUUUACUUUCCUCUUCAGCCUUUUUAUUUUACUUCCCCCUUCCACUUUUUUCUUUCAUAAUCACGAGCUCUCAACUUGUAUUGAACAAUAUUUACUUUAACUUUUCACACUUUUUAAAAAAUAACCUUUAGCUCACAUUUCCACCCAACAAUCUUUACUCAAGCUUCCCUAUUUAAUUUUGCUGUCUUUAAAAAAAAAAAAAUCUUUGCGUUCCCUCUCCACCUUUUUGCUGCUACUACAACUUUAUUUACAUGCCAGUGUUGCAUGUCACUAACUUUGUGUCUUGUGUCUAACCCUAACCCCAGCUGGACAAUCCACACAGCAUAACGUGUACUCCUUUAACUGAAAGUAAAGAAAUAGUCCCUAGUUUGUACCUGCUGUGAGCAUGCUUUUAGUGUUUUUACGCCAGGACAGUAGGUGGCUGCACGAGCCAUUUACAAGAUGCUUGUAUCUGCGCCAACAUAAUUUGCGGAAGUAAACAGAAAGACGUUAACGCAACUUC